UUGUCUUCUUCUCUGCCUCCUGAAUGUCGAAAAUUGUCAGGGACCCACAUCAUGUUGACAGAAGCACCAACAAAAUUUCUUCAAAAAUGACGAUCGGUAUGAAAUGAUUUUGAAAUGGUUGAUAUUCUACAUAGCGAUCUUUUCUUCUCUGGUGAGUUCAAGAAGUAGUGUGCAACAAGAAACGAAGCACACCAUUCGAAACCUUGGUAAAAAUAUCCAACGAAUUGAAGAAACCUCUCAAGAGUUAACAGAAAACAUAGAAAACACGAAAAUCACGUUCGAAGAAUUCAUUUCCGAAAUAUUGCGCACUUGUAGCCAAUCCGAAGUUUUCAAAAAUCCAAAGCUUGUAAUAGAAGUAUUUGAAGAUUUCUGCUACAACAUUAGUGAAGAAAUAUGGAGAGUUUUCAAAAUUUUUCUUCAAUUAAUGAAUGAAAUUUGUUUUAUGUUUCGAGGGUUAUCAUCAGAUAUAUCGAAAUUAGCCACAACAAUUUACGUGUCAACAAGCAAAACUGAGGCUAUUGUUCUCGGAAUAAAUAUAGUUUUCAAGAUUGCCUAAUGAG